AGGUGGUUGCAGAGCUUCAGCUCACAGCAACACAAUGCAGCUGAGCACAGCCAGAAGCGGCUCCUACUCUCCAGAACAAGGCGACCUUUAAGCUUAAGUUUCCUGAAGAAAAUGAGAUGCUGAUAUUGAAGCUGACACUAUGGCUUUGAUGGAAUAUCAAAUAUUGAAAAUGUCUCCCAGCCUGUUCAUGCUUCUGUUUCUCACACCUGGUAUUCUAUGCAUAUGUCCUCUCCAAUGUAUAUGCACAGAGAGGAGCAGGCAUGUGGAUUGUUCAGGCAAAAACUUGACUAUAUUACCAUCUGGACUGCAAGAAAAUAUUAUCCAUUUAAAUUUGUCUUAUAACCAUUUUACUGAUCUUCAUAACCAGUUAACCCAAUAUACCAAUCUGAGGACCCUGGACAUUUCAAAUAACAGAUUUGAAAGUCUGCCGGCCCAGUUGCCUCGGUCCCUGUGGAACAUGUCUGCUGCUAACAACAACAUUAAGCUGCUUGACAAAUCUGAUACUGCUUAUCAAUGGAACCUUAAAUAUUUGGAUGUUUCUAAGAAUAUGCUGGAGAAGGUUGUUCUCAUUAAAAAUACACUAAGAAAUCUUGAGGUUCUCAACCUCAGUAGUAACAAGCUUUGGACAGUUCCGACCAACAUGCCCUCCAAACUACAUGUUGUGGAUCUAUCUAACAAUUCCUUGACACAAAUCCUUCCAGGAACAUUAAUAAACCUGACAAAUCUCACACAUCUUUACCUGCACAACAACAAGUUCACAUUCAUCCCAGAUCAAGCUUUUGAUCAAAUCUUUCAGUUGCAAGAGAUAACUCUUUACAACAACAGGUGGCUAUGUGACCAAAACCAAAAUAUUACUUACUUAUUGAAGUGGGUGAUGGAAACAAAAGCCCAUGUGAUAGGGACUCCCUGUUCAAGUCAAAUAUCAUCUUUGAAGGUACAUGACAUAUACCCUACACCUUCUGGAUUUACCUCAAGCUUAUUCACUGGAAGUGGGAUAGAGACUGUAGACACCAUCAACUCUCUGAGUAUGGCAACACAACCCAAAGUGACCAAAAUACCCAAACAAUACCGAACAAGGGAAACAACUUUUGGUGUCACUUUAAGCAAAGAUACCACCUUUACUAGCACUGACAAGGCUUUUGUGUCCUACCCAGAUGAUACUUCAACAGAAACGAUCAAUUCACAUGAAGCAGCUGCUGCAACUCUAACUAUUCAUCUCCAAGAAGGAAUGGUUACAAACACAAGCCUCACUAGUUCAACAAAAUCAUCCCCAACACCCAUGACCCUAAGUAUUACUAGUGGCAUGCCAAAUAAUUUCUCAGAAAUGCCUCAACGAAGCACAACUCUUAAUCUACGGAGGGAAGAGACGACAAGUGUAAAACCUCACUUACCUUCUGUGGCAAGUGCUUGGGAAGUGAAUGCUUUGCUUCUCUUAAUGUUCAAUGCUGUGGUCAUGGUGGCUGUGUAGGGUCUGAAUUUUCUGGAACUACUCAAAGAAUUCCUCCCUGAUGUAUAGCUGGGAAUAUAUGCCCCUAUCUAACCAGUGAUAAAGCUAUAUUAAAUAUCAAGAAAGCCAGUCUUAUAUUUCUGAAACUGAUGUAAAUGGGUAAUUUGUCUUAAAUAAAAGAAGUGCACAAUGUCUUGGUACUUGCUGCUAUUUUACUGUCUGAAGUAAAACUAAUGAGUUUCCUUUUAAAAAUGAAAUUUUUCUUUUUAAGGCUUCAAUACAUUGCACAAAAUACAAAGCAUUUAAACUUUAAUAUGUACUUAUGUAUGUUUACACUAUCAAACAUCUGGGGAAAAAAUAAAAGGUCUAUGCUCAUAA